AUGGAGGGGGUGGAAACUGUCGAUGUCAGUUGGCUCCAUCAUACGCAAAAAGACAACUUGUCUCGGUGCAAGUCGGCCUCAUCUACGGUCAGCGACCGAUCGAACCCCGAACCGGAGUCCUCAGCCGCACCGUCCGUCAAACCGGAGAACCCGGCUUCCAUCGAAAAACACUCCCCGCCACUGAGACGUGAAGACGCCGCGACUCGCCCCGCCGAGCCCAAACAAGAAUCGCAACCCCCAAGCACAUCCGCGGAGAACGAACUAAGAAAUGGCGACCGUGUUGCGGCGGACGGGAAGCCGAACGGAGCAUCCCCAGUCCCUCAACGAAGCGCGCCGAAGCCCAUCGGCAGAAGGAAUUCCUGGAUCUCCAGUCUCAGCUCCAAGUUCUCCUCGGGGUCGACGCCACCGUCGCAAUCUAACAUAAAGGCCCAACCGACGCUCAAAUCCACCUCGCCCGUCUCCAAGCUCGAUUCGCAUAACCCAUUCGGCGCCGCACAUUCCCCCCGGGACAAGGAGGAGGAGAAAAAGGAAGAGGUCAGCAGUCCGGUCGCCUCAACUUCUCCACGUGGCCCGUCUUUCCUGCAAAGCGCGUUUCGGAAGCUGUCGUCUGCGGGCUCUGGGGGUGCGGCCAGGACGGUUGCGAACGGUGCCGUCUGCCAGCGCCGCGUGAUGAAUAUCGAUCAAGGUCGAGACCGAUGCAAGGUGCCGGAUUUGGACCAGGCGAAGUUGCGUCGGGUAGCCUUCUGUGUUGAUGUCGAGAUUGCCGGCGUGGCGUAUCGGGAGUCGUCGGAAGAGGAGAGCCCUCCCGGCAACAGCAGGCGACGGAUUGUCCCUGAUCUGAGCAGCCAAAAGGUGAAACGUUCCAACUCCAAAGGCAAGGAGAAAGACGAAGCAUCUGCCUUGAAGCACCCUCAAGCGGCGGUGGUUGAAAAGGAGAAACGGGGUCAAGAGAAUGUCCCUUCUGGCAAGGGCACAGGAGCGUCGGAGACCCCGUCAACCGAGAGCAAGCCGAACGGUGAAGGAAAAGAGCCUACUCGGAAACAGGAAAAGAAAAAGCGGUCUGAAGAGGAGCGGAGGCAAAGGAGAGAAAGGAGGCGAAGGCUGGCAGAGGCCAAUGGUUCAAUUCCUCUCCAGCUAAACGGAGACGACAACGAAGAGGAACCACGGCCUGCUGCAUCAGGCGUACCUCGCUCGAAAACACAGAGUCAGCCUACAACUGACCCUGUUCGGAUCUAUCGACGAUGUUGUCAGCUGCGGGAGACACCUGUGUUGAAACGCAUUGUAGAUGAGAUCUCCUCUCCGUCCUCGAUUCUAGCAGAAUCCCCAGGCACCGUUGGUGUCCUGGAUCUUACAGAUUUCCCCAUGACCUCUGAAGACAUCGCUACAUUUAGCGACUGGUUGGCUGUUGUACCAGUCCGCAAGCUCAUUAUGGAGAAUUGCGCUUUAACGGACGCGUCAGUCCGAGCCAUUCUCGCCGCACUCCUUUCCACCAAGACUGUGGAACAAAUGCGGCGGAGGCGCAGAAAAGCCAAGAGAUGUGACCCCAAACUAUUGGCAAAAGAAGAGAGAAACAGUGUCAUUGAAAGGCUGUCCUUGAAGAAUAACCCAAAAAUCAGCAAGGAGGGGUGGCGCCAUAUCUCUCUUUUCAUGCACCUGGCAAAGUCAUUGAAAGCUAUUGAUUUGUCGGGUAUUCCGUUCCCCAAAGGGACCAUCUCAACGAACGACCCUUCCGCGCCGGCUAAGCAGCCGGGUACUGCCAGCAAUUCCAUGAUUGACAUCGCAUCGGUCUUUGCCAGUUCGCUCCGCGAGCGAUUUGGGGGCGAUCAUCUUGAGGAGCUGCUGCUCAAUGCGUGCUGCCCCAGUACAGAAGAUGUGAAGAAGAUCUGUGAUGCAGCGGCUACAGUUGGCUUAAGGAGACUGGGAUUUGCCAACAAUGAGCUCACAAGAGAGGGCGUCGAACACGUGGUCCAUUAUCUCCAGUCAGGCAAAUGCGAAGGCCUCGAUCUGGGUGGAAACCCAAUUCGAGAUGACUUGGAUUUAAUCACGUCCAGCAUUGAGAGAGAGCUGCCGCUAUAUGCUCUGAGCUUAGCUGAUUGCUCUCUAACUCCUUCGACCAUCUAUCCUUUACUUCAGGGGCUGUCACAAUUAUUCAAUCUCCGUUUUAUUGAUUUCUCUCACAACCCCGAUCUCUUCUCGUCACAUCCGGAUGCGCUGGCUACUUUCAGGCGAUUCCUACCCAAGAUGCCCUCGUUGAAGCGUAUCCACUUGGCUGACGUGAAUUUAUCUGCCGACCACGCAAUUGCCCUUGCUGAAGUUCUUCCUGAGUGUCCCAUCCUGUGCCAUCUCAAUAUCCUCGAAAAUCCAUCCAUCAAGGCUCUGGCUUCUGCGACUGAUCCUGCGGACCAGGAGGAAGCCUGUGCCGUCUACGCAUCAUUGAUGGCUGCUGUGCGCGUGUCACGCACGAUGAUCGCUGUCGAUAUUGAAAUUCCAAGCUCAGAGAACAACGAAGUUGUCAAAGCUUUAGCAUCCCAAAUUGUGGCGUAUUCCUUGCAGAACCUCGAGCGGAACGCUAUUGAAGCAGAGUUGUCCGAACCGGUUGAUUCGUCGGCCGCACGGGCGACUGUCCCUGUGCCUGAGAUUUUACAGCACAUAGUUGGCAACAACGUUGGCGACGAAAUCUGUGAAGACGAUGAUGAUCCUGCCCCUGACGAAGACUACGUUAUUGGUGGCACUGGUGUUGUCAAAGCCUUGGGCGUGUGUCUCGGCAAUCUGGACCAGGGUAUGCCAGGUGAUGUGUCUGGCCCGCCCAGCGGUACAACAACACCGAGACAUAGGAAGUCCAGGUCCUACGUGACCAAGCGACCCCGCGAUAUGUCGAAGAACCUGUUGGAGUCGGCUCGUAACAUCCGCAUGCGCAUUCAGUCGGCGCUUGUUCGCGAGGAUCGUGCUGGGAAUGAUUCUAAUUACCCUCCUACUUCAGGCCGUCUCCAGUUCCUGGAUAUCACAUUACAGCGGAUGAUCCAGCGGUUCGAGGAUGAAUACCCAGAGACCCGCGUGGCUUUGCCACCUGCGAAGCCUUUCAACCAGGAGACUUCCUCGCAAAACUCAGGAGAUGAUGACGCCCACGGUGCACCUGCUUACGGCACCACUCUGGUGAUGGGCCAGCCUGGUGACGAAAAUGCCAUCGACGACGAAGAGACGGAUCAGUAUGCUCUCCGUCUGUCACGAACCAGUUCGAUAACUUCGCUCCACUCAAGAGCGAUGACCUCGGAAGAAGGCCAUGUACAUCGUCUUGGUCAGAACCUCCGCCGCGAUUUCCUGAAUCCCUCGUUUGACCCUGUGGAUGAUGACGACCCAUCCCUCUCUUUUGACGACUCCCAUGUCACGGCUCUCCGAGAGAAGCUUGAUCGGCUGCAUGAGGAGCAGACACGCUCUCACUUUGAGAGCGUUGGCGCCGACAAGGCGUUUGAGGAGCUGGGCUCCACCGUUGAAGAGCUGUGGGCGACCCAGAGACAGGACAUGGAGGCGUUCGAACGUUUCAGACAGAGCCAGAUUGCUGCCCAGAUUAACAGUGGAAAGAGACCGACUUCUAACUCUGGUAACGAGACUCGGCCGACUGUGCCGGAAGGGCAGUAG